UGGCAGUUUUGAUAUUUUGGGUUCCACAACAAGUCGGCCGAUGUGGCAACGCUGCAAACAGCUGUGCACUUUAUUUGUAUUUUGGUGAAUUGGGAAAACUGUGCAAAAACCGAAACACAAUGUAAAAACAGACAAAACGCACUUAAUGGCAGCCACAAUAUGAUACCCUGGAUGCGCGAGAAAUUCAACGAGAAGCGCGCCAAGUGGUUAGCACGCAGCAAGCAACGGGGCAGCGAAACCGAGCCCAACUCCAGUGCCACCAGCCCACGCACAGCGAGCAGCGCCAGCGGCAGCGAUGAGGGCAGCAGACUUAGCUUGCGCAGCGGCGCCUCCAGCAGUUCGGUGCCUGUGCAGACAGCGGAAACGGAAACGCAAACGGAUCUCAUUGGCGGCAGCGGCGGUUGCGUUUUGCGCACCCCCUCACCGGCGCGCAGGCGACGUAUCCAAUUGGAGCUGCAGUUGCAGCAGGAAAAAGCAAGGAAAGCGGAGCAGGCGAAUGCGUAAGUUGCCAAGUCAAUAGUUAUUAGUGUUAACUGUUUUUUUUUCUACUUUUCCUUUCGAAAUUCUCUGUUGGAUUUACGCACCCCACACCUAAAAUCCCUACCAAUCCGUUCAACCCAUCCAAAAAUAAACAAACUAUGCAAAAAUUGCGCAGUUUGUUUCUCAG